CGCCGACCAGGUCCUCGGCGGCACUGGCACCGGUGUGUUGCGCUUCAUUGCACUGCGCUGAAGCACCAUGACGCCGGAAAAGAACGGCAAGAACGGCGAUUCCUGGGAGGACUCCAAGCCGCCGGCAUCGGACUCCGCCUCGGCGAUGACGGCCGGGUCUGCUUCGGCGUCUGCGUCUGCUUCGGCGUCGGCGUCGGCUUCGGCACCCACGGACCGCCAGAGGGAACAGCAGCUCCGGCAACUCCACCAGCUCCUCCCGGACUUUGAGGCGGUCUUUGCCCUCCUCAACAUGUAUCCGGAGCUCGCGCGGACGAGGGACCCCGGAGACAACAACUCGCUCCCACUGCACACGGCAAUGACGAUCGGAGCCCCGACCACCACCAUCAUGAUCCUGGUCGAGGCCUACCCGGACGCCAUCAAGUCCUUCGACGCCUCGGGAAACACGCCCUUCCACGCGGGAAUCCUCCCGGCCCUCUCCCGGAUCAUCGUGCCCUCGAGCUCCCUCAUCGAGGCCGGGAUCCGCGGCAAGAGCCCGGUGGCCGGCGUGCUGUCGAUCCUCAGCAACCUCGAUUUUCUGCUGGAUUCCUUUCCCGAGGUCGUACAGCAAAAGGACGGGACCGGAAACCUCCCCCUCAACACCUUUUGCAGCUCCUUUGUGCCCUCGCUCAAGUCCAAGGUCUCCCUGGGGGGCGGCGGCCGCACGACCGAGGUGGCCCGGGCCGUCACCCGGACGCUGGAAAAGCUUUACCGGGCCUCCCCGGCGGCCUCGGAGAUCAUCGGGCCCUCGACCGGGAGCCCGGUCAGCAUACUGGUGGGGGAGUGCGCGGCGGCCAAGUGCAUCGACGACCUGCUGCGCCGGGAAACCAUGCUCCGGCUCAAGCUCCUCCUGGAGACCGCCCGGGACGGCCGGGCCCUGCAGACGCUCUUCAGCCUGGAAAACCCGGUCUCGCUCUGGGCGUUUUUCUCCCUCUUUGACGAGAACGACGUGCUGCUGAAACACCCGCACCAAUCGCAAACACGACAACCACAGUCGCAACAACAACAACAACAACAAUCAUUGCAACAACAGUUACACCAACAGCAGUCGCAGCUCCCGGAAAACGCUGGUGGCAGCGCCGGGACCGACGGACGAGUCCUCGUCCUCGAUCUCAACAAGGAGGUUCUCUCUAACUGGUGCCUGCUGGACAUUGUGGCCGAUUUCGACACGGCGGACGCCGCGAGCGCCCUCCUCCAGGUCAUUGUGGAACAGAAAAACAAGCUGAACCUGGACCACCAGGAGUUCUCCAUCUGCAACGAGGACGGGGACGUCAUUCUCAGGUUUGUCUCCCGCGCCAGGGUUUCGGACAUUGUCCGGACGAGGGUCGCGGACCGGGCCAAGCUGUCGAACAGCUCCCCGGCCCUGAAGCGGUGGGGACAGGGAUACGGUGCGUUUUCAGCCGCUCCGCGUUGCACUGUGCUGCGCUGAGCUUCUUCCGGGGCAGGCCGCCGGUCGGCGCCGAUCGUUUCUUGCGUCCGUCUCGAUGCCCGAACUUCUUCCAACCACAAAUAAUAACAAUACUCAAAACCUUCUUGCCGUUUCGUCCGGAUCCUUGUUGACACCACAGGUAGAUUUCUGCGCAGGUACCGCCUCGAAAAACGAAACAAGCACGUAUCGGAAUCCUGCGUGGUCGUCUUUGGAACGGAAACGAUGAAAGAGAGCGAUGGGAGGAUAGUGGAGCACCCGGUCGCCCUCAAGUUCAUGGCGACGCGGGAAAUGUUUUGCAACGAGGUGUACCAGCGGCGGGAGGUCGGGAAGCGAAGCAAGGAGGGUUCCAAGUACAUAGUGCCCAUCAAGGCCAGUUUCUCCAGCAUGGCCAUAGACGAGUUCGAGUGCACCAAGGUCAACCUGGCGACGGAGCUCGUUCCGUACCCGAACAUCCGGCUCAAGGGAUCCGACCUCAAGUACGUCAUCGUCAUGGACUGCGGAGCCGGGUACGACCUUCACGACUUUAUCUCGCACCAGAACAUUGCCGGAAAGGACCUCCUGGUGGUCACGUCGAUUGCCAAAGAAAUCGCGCUCUGCCUGAAAUUCCUGAACGAAAUCUGCGGGGUUUGUCACGGGGACGUCAAGGCCAGAAACUUCAUUGCGAGGGGCGUCGGCCUCGUGGGAUUCGCGGCCAUCGACCUGGACAACAGCUCUAUGAUCGGGCGGGAAAAGGUGGGGAAGAAACGCACGAGUUCCGGUUACCUUCCACCCGAGCAGGCCGCCGUGGAAGCCUUCGAGCGCUCGAACAAUUCCAGUCUCUCGCUUGCUUCGGCGGAGGAGUCCAUGGACUCCAUCAUGGUAAAGAUUGCUGCUGCGAGUGCCAGGAACGAUACCGACGGGGUGAAGCGCCUCAUGCGGCUCUGUUCCAAAUCGCCUUACCUUAAGGAGAUGAAGAGCAAGCCCGGCGACGUUAUUGCGACCCCUCAGUACGACAUGUGGUGCUUCGGAGCUCUGUUGUAUUUUCUCUGCACCGGGAAGCAGCUCUUCAACGUCGACAUGAAAGAGGACGUCGACGACGACGACCUAAUCAUACUGCGGGACUGGGACGACGACUGGAAGUACGAAAAACUGUCGAAGGUGGACUCCAAGUGGCCCGUCGCGCUUCUCGACGCUCUGCUGCAAAAGGACCCGAAGGAUCGCCCCGAGGACUGGAACUACGUGGUGAACGGACUCAAUCGUUUGGGAAAUGCCCAGGACAACUACGACCGGCUCUUUGUGUUUCAGUCGGCCCCCCUCGUCUUCAAGGACAAAAACAACAACAUCCAGCCCCUGCCGAGGGUCGACCUGAACCAGGAGUCCCGCAUGCUGUGCGAGGCGCUGAAGGAUGCCGAAACGCUAGGGUGCACGAUCGACGUGAUUUUCGAAACCGCGUCCCUGGACAGACUCAAUGCCUUUCUAGCCCAGGGGAUAAGCCAGGUGAUGCAUUUUAGCGGGCAUGGGCACCCUAGCUACAUUGCUCUGGAAGACGAGAGGGGCGGUCUCGAAAUGGUCAGUGCCGACGUGCUGAAACGAAUGGUUUCGGCGGUCGACAGCGGGCUCCUCGUGGUGUUCAUCUCGGCUUGCCACUCCCAGUGGGUGGGGGAGGCCUUUGUGGACGCCGGGGUUCCCCACGCGGUGUGCUGCCUGGUCAACGAGCGCCUCCAGGACGCGGCGGCACGGGAGUUCACCCGGAAUUUCUAUCGCGCGCUGGCCUGCCAAAACACACUGCUGAAGGCCUUCAACAUGGCCCAGCAGGCCGUCCAGAACUCUCCGCUGGUGGUGAACUCGGAAAUCGAGGCCGGCAAGUUCUUGCUGCUGCCGGAACGGCCGGACGAUCCUUCGUACCACGACGUUCCCGUGUUCUUCUCCUCGGAAACACCGUCGGUGAUGGGCGAGUCUUCGAACAAGAUUGAAACGGUCGGGUUUCCGAGACCCAAGGACUUUAUUGUCGGCCGUGAGGUUCAGCAAUACAGCAUACUCAACGAUCUUUCCACGACCGACAUUGUUCGGGUGUACGGAAAAUCCGGUGUGGGAAAGACAGCCAUUGUUUCUGCGGUGUGCGAUCACAUCCUGCGAAGAUCGAGGACGUAUCCUUUCGACUGCAUAUUUUGGUUUCCGACGCAAGGACUCGUCGAUUGUACGAACAACCUCUACCAAGACAUUUUGUCCUUUAUAAAUCUCAUCAUUAACGAAGACAACGUGGAUAUUAAAGACGGAUCCGAACUUCAGAAGAUUUUGCAGUCCAUCACAAAAAUGACAGCGGAAAAGUCUUUGCUCUUGGUGUUCGACCUAGAAAGCUAUGAAAACGGUGAAAAAGAGAAACGCAACACAAAGAAUUUCCGCACUGUUUUUGACGAAUUGUUGAAGAUCCAAACGACGGAGGCCAUAAAGAUCAUUUUGAUCUCCGAACAAACUUCGAUGGGAUCGGAUCAAACCAGAGGAGAAAAGGUGGUCCCUGUCUGGGAGCUUGAUUUCGAAUCUGCUGUUACUCUCUUCGCCAACAGCAUUCCAUCAAACAUCCGAAGGCGCCAUCCAAUCCUGAACUCUACCGAGAAAUUGAUUUCGUACAUCUGUAACCCUCCCGAGGAAGUCGUGAACGACAAAAACUACGAGCGGCGCGAAGAAGAACUCUGGAAGCAAAUGUUUGGUGCCGGAAUGCCUCGGGCGUGCAGGGACAUAGCCAGGGGUCUCAACGACGAAAGAGCCAAAGAGUUGCUGACCUGGUGGGAAGUCCAAGAGAAAGAGGACGUGCAGAUCCCGUUCGAUGAUCUCUUUCUUUGAACGCCAAUGGUUCUGACUAUGAAAUCAAUUGUUGUGCGCACCAUUCAUGAGGACGAAAUGGUGGGCUCCUGACCCAUGUGGUCGCAACAGAGGGGUACCCAAUGCUGUGUCGUUGGGUUUGGGCUCUCCCUUAGCUACAAAGGUAGAACCAGUGAGGCGAUUUUUCCUGGAUUCUAUGAAUGAGAAUGGACGGUGAUCGGACUCACAUUGAAAUAGACUGCAUAUUGCUUA